AUGGCAUCCGGACCAUCACUCCUCACCAACUACAUAGCCUUUCAAAGGCGAGAUGGCACUCCCCCGCAGAUCGGCCACCUUGACCAAGGGCAGAAGACCAUUCAGCCACUAGCUUUCCUCUCUGGCUCACCGGUGGAAACAUUGUAUCAAGUCAUCGAGGCUGGUUCGCACCAGAUUACAGCUGCCAGUGGUCCUGCGAUACCCCUCAAAGAUGUCAAGAUUCUCCCGCCGGUCUCAGGGCGGGAUGUCCUAGCUGUUGGCAAGAAUUACAUGGAACACGCAAAAGAGUUCAACAGUUCAGGCUACGAUAGUUCAGAUAAGGUCGACAAGCCUAGCCACCCGGUCAUAUUCACCAAAAGAGCUACCUCGAUAAUCGCUCAUGGAGACGACAUUUUCCUGCACAAAGGCUUCACCGAGAGCGCUGACUACGAAGGUGAAAUCGGUGUGAUUAUUGGUAAAGCAGGGUUUCGCGUCAAUGAAGCGGAUGCUUGGGACUAUGUCUGGGGUUACACUAUUAUUAACGACCUGACUGCGAGAGAGAGGCAACGGGAUCAUAAGCAGUUUUAUAUCGGAAAGUCGCCUGACAAUUUUUGUCCUAUGGGCCCCGUUGCUGUGCCGAAGGAGGACCUACCCAAAACCCUCCGAAUCCAAACCCAUGUCAACGGAGAGCUUCGCCAGAAUGCGACCACGGAGGAUCUCAUCUUUUCCAUCCCGCAUCUUAUUAGCACGCUUUCAGCCGGCACGACUUUGCAGCCUGGAGAUGUGCUCGCCACGGGAACACCCGCUGGUGUCGGAAUUGGACGCAAUCCUCCCAUAUUUCUCCAACACGGCGAUGAAAUCUCCAUUUCCAUUGAUGGUAUCGGCACUUUGACGAACAAAGUUUCGGAAAAUGUCUCAGUCAACACAACGGCCAAGCGGUUUUCCUCUCAGUCGGCUUUCCAACUUACCAACGCAGCAAGAUCAAUCCAAGGAACAGCUGGUUUAGUCUCUGUCAAUUCUAAGCUUCUCAACUAUCAACGUCUUGGAAACGGGAAGGAGAUCAUAAUAUUCGUUCAUGGCAUUGGCUCAACAAAGGAGUUUUGGACGCCACUGAUCUCAACGUUGAAUACCCAAGACUCGGCAACAGCACACAUCUUUGAUUUCGAAGGCCAUGGUCUCAGUCCGACACACCCUCUUAGCGAGCUGUCUAUUGCAUCCUUGACUGCGGAUCUAGCUGGAAUCUUUGAACUCGCGGGGGUUUCCGAUCAGUCUUCGGCCACGUUGGUCGGACACUCGAUGGGGUCUCUCAUCGCUGCUAAGUUCGCUCUUGAUCAUCCGUCUUUGGUCAAGAAGUUGAUACUCAUCGGUCCACCACCCUCUCCAUUCCCAAGAGUUGCUGUCGAAACACUACUUUCCACCGCAGCCUUAGUAAGAACCCAGGGAAUCAGCGCCAUCCUUGAAAAGAGCGUGUCAAGCGGACUCUCCGAGCACACGAAGACGAAAAACCCACUUGCCGUGGCUGCAGUACGACUGAGUCUGUUGGGUCAGGAUCCCGAGGCGUACGCCAAGGCAAUAUCAGCACUGGCUAAGUUCGAGGAGUCUUUGGCUUUGGAGAAGUUGGAAGCCGAAACGCUGAUAAUCUCUGGUGAACACGAUGUGUUAUCAACUCCCGCCGUUGGUCAGGAUUACGCUAGCAGGAUACCCAAGUCCAAUCACGUUGUGUUACCGAAUACAGGGCACUGGUACGUGUUUGAGGAUGUGGCAGGGGUAGUGAAAAGUUUACAAGACUUCUUGUGA